AGAGCUAGUGGGUUAGCGAGUGGCAAGUGGCAGAAUCAAAUCCAUUCGUCGCAGGAAUUUGAUGAUUUUAGAAAUUUAAAAGACGAUUUUUAUUAUUAUUAUUAUUUUUUUAAAAAAAAAUUAAUUUUCUGUGCAACUCAGGACGCGGACACUGAUCGGUGGAAGACCCGAGAAAGCAAAACCCGGAAAAAGGUGAACAACAAUGGCUGUCGUUUCGAGCCAAUUUCUUCCCUUGUCAAGCAAAACAUGCAGAAAUGGAAGACCCUUUUCGCCAUUUUCACCUUUCCCUUCACUCUCACUUUUUGGUAGCAGAAAAGUUUCACCUUUUGGUACCAGAAAAGUUUCAAGUUCAAAGGAAUUGAAGCUCUCGACGUCCAGAUUGGGUAGUGUUGUUUCUGAAGAGAACGCAAUUGGGUCGAGUUUUUCUGGCACUGAUGUUUUCAAACUCACAUAUUUGGAGGGGAAUAGUUGGUUGUGGGACGCGGGUGGGGUGAAAAUAUUGGUUGACCCAAUCUUGGUGGGUAAUUUAGAUUUUGGAAUCCCCUGGCUUUAUGAUGCUGCUAAGAAGUUUUUGAAGAAUUUCCAGUUAAGUGAUCUUCCGGAAAUUGAUUGCUUAUUAAUUACACAAAGCCUCGAUGAUCACUGCCAUUUGAAGACCUUAAAGCCCCUGUCCGAAAAGUACCCAAAUCUUAGAGUCAUAGCAACCCCAAAUGCUAAGCAAUUGCUGGAUCCCCUUUUUAGCAAUAUCACGUAUGUAGAACCUGGUCAGAGCUCUGAUAUUGAAGCAAGAAAUGGUUCUAAAGUCAGAGUUCAAGCUACUGCAGGGCCAGUUCUUGGUCCUCCUUGGCAGCGUCCUGAGAAUGGGUACCUUGUCAUUUCCCCACAAGGCCAAUUGACACUGUACUAUGAACCGCACUGUGUGUACAACAAGAGUUUUCUUGAGAAGGAAAGGGCAGAUAUUGUCAUCACACCAGUCAUAAAGCAGCUUCUGCCUAAUUUUACACUUGUCUCCGGACAAGAAGAUGCAGUUCAACUUGCAAAGCUGCUGCAUGCCAAGUUCAUAGUUCCUAUGAAAAAUGGAGACCUGGACAGCAAAGGGUUUCUAGCUAGCAUAAUUCAAGCUGAGGGAACUGUAGAAUCAUUCAAGGAACUCUUGUCAAAGGAAUUGCCGGAUGCACAAGUGCUAGAGCCUACUCCUGGUGUGCCAAUAGAAAUCCAAGCACCUUAGAGGCUUUUUUUUCUUUGGCAUAAUAUUACAUCUUGUAUUGGUAUACAGGAAAGAAAAACAUGCGUAGUUGUAAUUUCCAUUGUAAAAAUU